UACUUUGAUAAUCAAACGAUACUUUGAUAAUAAAUACUUGAACAAUUGUUGGCGCAUAAUAACUUUUAUUAUAGAUAAAUGUAAAAGGCAAGACAACACAACCUCUCCGCCAUGGCUGAGGCUGCAAAUGUGCGUCAGAAUCUGCAGAAUGUGCCCUCGAUCUUUGAAAUAUCUGCCGCUGAGACCCUAGACAAUCUUAUCUACCCGGCCCUUAGCAAAGUCUUUGACUACUUCGGCCUGCGUUUGGACUUUAAGCUUUGGGGCAAUUUACGCGUACGAGAAGAGCUAUCACCGAUUAUCACCUGGAUUCUACAGUAUUUGUAUUUGCGCAAAAGGGCCUCUUCAUUUGGCGAAAGCUUCUAUGGACUUCAGCGUACUGCCACCUUAACAGGCGAGCUACUGACCCGUCAACAACAAUUCACCUCUGCGACUCUCCUUACCUUUCUUCCUUACAUAGAACGCAAAUUGCGAGCACGCAGUGUGCAUCAUGAGAAUAUAUAUGCAUGGGAAUCGCAACUUAUUAAUUUAUUCCAUGUCUAUAACGCGUCAAAGGCUGUGCACACAUUCCUGUACUUAAUCAAGUACGCGACCAGCCACUCGCCGCUGUUUCGCGCUCUGCACCUCACGCUUCGCUAUCCCAGCGAGCCGCCCAAGGAAGACAAAUGGACAUAUAUAUUUCUUAAGAUGCUGGAGGUGCUGGCAUUUUUCCUGCAGUUCAUACAGUGGUGGUACUCAAACGAUCAGCGCCGGAAGCUCGGUGGCACUCUACAAAACCCAGAGGCCAUGCCAGAGCGUGAGUUACCCAAGGAGCUGAAGGAAACGUUACCCAAGAGCGGAGAAUGUCCAGUUUGUCUGCUGCCACUGCAAACACCUACAGCAUGCGCUGUGUCCGGUUACGUCUACUGCUGGAAGUGCAUUGUAAUACAUCUGAAGGAACAUGGCACAUGUCCUGUGACUAGCUAUCCAAUUACCAUAGAAGAUUUAGUGCGCAUCUACGAAACGUAGCCAAGAUCUAAAUUGUAUUUGU